GUUCCGGGAGCAGUGGCAGGAGGUGGCGGCAACACGCUCGUCUCCAUUCCUAUCCCGGUGUCUGUGCCGAUGCCGCUGAGUCAGUCCGGUGGAGGCGGCCAAGCCGGGCCCAUCGUCAUCACCUCACCUCCACCGCCGGCGCCUCCCAACCCGCCGAUUCCUCCUUAUCCUCCUACCCCGAGACCCGGGAUCGCGCAGGACGUAGCCUCCAUGCUGAUGAUGCUGCUGAUGAACCACGUUCGCGAGCGAAUCGACGGGACCUCGCCGGAAAUCAAAAGCCAGCAACAGAUUCGAGACGAACAAGUCGCGGCCGCCGCUGCGAACGCAGCUGUCGAAGCUGUGAACAAGGCCCAGCUACCUAAGGAGCCCAUGGUGCCCGCUUGGAUGUUCCGGGAGCUCCUGCCCGCGGCUGGAAGAAGGCCGAGCGUCGAUUCGGAUAAGCACAAGAAAAAGAAGAAAGCGAAGAAGAAGAGAGAUUUACCAGAUUACGGACCGCUGGAGACCCCGGCGCCUGUAGAAACGCCACCACCACCUCCAGCGCCGCCACUGGUCCUGCCAUUCUCGGUGCAAGAUGCGGCCACCGAGAUUCCGCCUAGUGUACAGGUCCAAAAGAUCCCCGACUUAGCAGAGUCUCCGGAGUCUCCGGAAGAGUCACCGGAAGAGUGA